AUAUUGGGCUUAAAUGUGCCGUUUUUUCUUCUAAUUCAGCUAUAAAAACCUUAAUUCCAAAUUAGCUUUAAGCUUGGAACUUGGAAGUAGUUAGAAGGGGAAAAUAGGGUAUCCCGAUCAUUCUUCUCUCAAACUCUAAAAUCUUGCAUUGUAGAGAUCUAUGGCGACAAUUCUGAGACGCAACGACGAGGUAGAGACUCAGCCAAGAAAUGAAUCUGAAAGAUCGUUUGAAGCUGUCGUAGAAUCCAACAAAGAAGCAGAGAAAUCAUCCUCACGUGACAAUGAAAUUAUGUCCAAGCAAAGUCACAAUCUGACAAGGGAACAGAAGAAAGUGAGAGAUAGCUACUUAUUCUGCUGUGAAAAUUUCUACAGUCUUCCGGAGAUGAUCAAUUACAUGAAUGAGAAUCACGGUUUACCAGAGACAACUGUAACGAAUGUUUUCAGGGAACUCUUAAAAGGAAAAAAUGCGGAAGCAUAUCUGAGGGUAUCACAGAAAAGAUCUCUACAGAGGAGGACUAGUGGAACUGGCGUUGGUUCUUCCACUAAGUAAUGCUUUUCAAGAAUCAAACCAGAAUACCCACUAGAAG